GUUAAGGUUAUGUUUACUCACAUUUUUACAACUUUCCCUCAUUUUUGUCCUUUUUUUAUGCAAAUACAAUACUGUGCCUUGGUCACUUUUACUUUUGCAUAUAUUAAGUUUUGUGCCAGUAGUUUUUCUUAUUUUCAUUCCACAAAUGAACAAUGUCCCGGUGAUCAUGAAGUUAGUCAUUGAGAUUUAAGCGCUGAAGGUGCUGCUGAGAUUGUGUACAUGCUUAUUAUUUUGCAGUAAUGCUUACUUCACUGUAUAAUAGUCAUUUUUUAAAUGUGAGGUGCAUCUAAUUGGUAAAUCAUGAAUCCUCGAGAGCUGUACAAACUCAAUGAAGAAACUUUGCGCGCUGAAGUAGACAGAAAUCCAUUUGGUUCAUUCAAAAUUAAUGAUAACUGGAAGCGUUUGGAAGAUAUUGAAGAAAGAUCACCAUGUUCGAAAUGUCACAAAUCUCGUAAAUAUUUUUGCUAUACUUGUUGUUUACCUUUAGAAAAUGUGAAGCUGCUUUUACCAAAGAUAUCUUUGCCUCUGAAAAUUGAUAUUAUCAAACAUUGUAGAGAAAUUGAUGGAAAGAGCACUGCAAUUCAUGCUGCCAUCAUUGCACCAGAAGACGUCACCAUCUACACCUACCCUGAUAUACCAGAUUACUCAACAGAGCCUGGUGUAAUCCUUAUCUACCCCAAUAAAAGCGCUGUAAGUUUGGAAGAUUGUGUCGAUCCUUCCAAAAACUGCUCUGAACGUCUACGAAUCCAUGAAAUCAAGAAAGCUGUAUUCAUUGAUAGCACUUGGAAUCAAAGUAAAGGGAUCUACAAGGAUUCGCGUAUUCAAAGUUUGACAUGCUUUGUGCUACGAUCUCGAAUAUCUCAGUUUUGGAGGCAUCAACGGGGCAGUCCAAGAUGGUAUUUAGCUACGAUAGAAGCCAUCCAUCAACUGUUGAUUGAUUAUCAAGCUGCUUUAAAACUACAUCUGAAUAAAGAGAAGACUAAGUCCGAAGAUAGUGGUCAGCCGGGCUUGACGGUAACAGAUUCCACCCUAAACAGAGUAAGUUGUGAUGAUAGUCUAGUUUAUGAUAAUGCCUAUGAUGAUCUGUUGUUUUUUUUUCGAUUCAUGUAUGAAAAAAUUCAUCAGUUGUAUGAUCACGAGUCACUUAGGUCGUACAAACGGCCGCUGACUUAAUAAAAGGUCUUCUACUAA